CAGACUCCGAGGGCGGUGCCCGCGCUCCCCGCCCGCUCGCUGCUCGCCGGCACCGGCUGCUCCGAUCGCUGGGCUCGCCGCGGCUGCCUCUGCGGCCCCCGCCCGCCAUGAGGACUGCGCAGCCCCUGGUCCUUUUCUCCCUAGUUGCCCUUUGCCGGCGCGGGGACGGCCGCGUGGCCAAUGCGGAGGAGAGGCUCAUGGACGACCUUCUGAACAAGACGCGCUACAAUAACCUCAUCCGGCCGGCCGCCAGCUCAGCCCAGCUCGUCUCCAUCCAGCUGCAGCUGUCCCUGGCCCAGCUCAUCAGCGUGAAUGAACGGGAACAGAUCAUGACCACCAACGUCUGGCUGAAACAGGAGUGGACCGACUACCGCCUGGCCUGGAACAGCUCCCGCUACGAGGGUGUGAACAUCCUGAGGAUCCCGGCCAAGCGCAUCUGGCUCCCAGACAUCGUGCUUUACAACAACGCCGAUGGGACCUACGAGGUGUCCCUCUACACCAAUGUGGUGGUGCGCGCCAACGGCAGCAUCUUCUGGCUGCCGCCCGCCAUCUACAAGAGCGCCUGCAAGAUCGAGGUGAAGCACUUCCCGUUCGACCAGCAGAACUGCACCCUCAAGUUCCGCUCCUGGACCUACGACCACACGGAGAUCGACAUGGUGCUCCGGUCGCCCACGGCCAGCAUGGACGACUUCACCCCCAGCGGCGAGUGGGACAUCGUGGCGCUGCCGGGCCGGCGGACCGUGAACCCGCAGGACCCCAGCUACGUGGACGUGACCUACGACUUCGUCAUCCGCCGCAAGCCGCUCUUCUACACCAUCAACCUCAUCAUCCCGUGCGUGCUCAUCACCUCGCUGGCCGUCCUGGUCUUCUACCUGCCGUCCGACUGCGGCGAGAAGAUGACGCUGUGCAUCUCCGUGCUGCUGGCGCUCACCGUCUUCCUGCUGCUCAUCUCCAAGAUCGUGCCGCCCACCUCCCUGGACGUGCCGCUCAUCGGCAAGUACCUCAUGUUCACCAUGGUGCUCGUCACCUUCUCCAUCGUCACCAGCGUGUGCGUGCUCAACGUGCACCACCGCUCGCCUGGCACGCACACCAUGGCGCCCUGGGUCCGCCGCUGCUUCCUGCACCGGCUGCCCGCCUUCCUCUUCAUGAAGCGCCCGGACGGCGGCCCCUCGAGGACGCCCCCGCCCGGCCGGUCUCGCCUGACCCAGCCCGACGCCGCCGGCGCCCCCCACCUCUACGGGGCCUCCAUGUACUUCGUGAACCCUGCCUCUGCGGACCCCAAGUCCCCGGCGGGCUCAGGCUCGGCCUCUGGCUCCAGCUCGGAUGCAACGGGCCCGGCCCGGGAUUCCCGGCUGAGGUCGUUGGGGAGGGGCCGGCAGGACGUGCAGGAGGCUCUGGAGGGCGUCAGCUUCAUUGCCCAGCACAUGCGGAGUGACGACCAAGACCAGAGCGUCAUCGAGGACUGGAAGUACGUGGCCAUGGUGGUGGACAGGCUGUUCCUAUGGGUGUUCGUGGUCGUGUGUGUGCUCGGGACCGUGGGGCUCUUCCUGCCUCCCCUCUUCCAGACCCACACGCCUUCUGAGGGGCCCUAGGCUGCUCUGUGUGCCCCAGGGCCACAGGGUUGUGCAGUGAGAGGACCUGAGUCCCUCGGCCGUCCACCCUGUCAAACAGCCACAGCCAGGGGAGAGCAUGACAGGAGCCAGGGCUGCCCUCACUUAAGGCCUCGGAGGACCUACAGGGAGCCCCAGCAGCAGGGGCUUCAGUGUGACUCUGGCCAGUCUCCUUCCCUGCACCGGGACAAGGACGUGCCAGGAAUCUUGCCCCCCCUCAGCCCCACUGUCACCCCAUCGCCCUCUGCUACCCUGCCCACAGGCCCCCUGGUCUUCUCUGAGACCCUCACACACUUCAGGAUCCUUCCCAGCUCAAAGCCUCUGCACAGGCCAUACCUUCCUCCCCCAGGGCCCCCACACUCCUCUGGUGGCUGCAGCACCCCAUCCACGCUCCGUCCCAGUGUCAUCUCCCUGCCAGGCCUUCCCCUGUCACCCUGCCUUCCUCCAGCCCUCCUGGGGACCGGAAUUCUCCCUGGCUGGUGUGUCUGUUGUCCACCUCUCACCCACUCCAGUGUGAGCUCUGGGACAGCAGCAACCCAGUCCUUCAAGUUCACUGCACUGCCCCCAGGGCCUGGGACAGCACUUGGCACACAGCAGGUGCUUAAUAAAUGUU